AUGGUCGGAAUACCCAACGCAGACGAACACCCAUCCCGGGCCAACAAGUCCCACAACAAAGAGCUACUCUCAAUGCAGUCACUGCAAAACCUCGAUGAGUUGGAAUCCCUCGCUACAAGAAACCUAAGCAAAAAAGCUUGGUCCUUCAACUACGCGGCCGCUGGCGAUUCGAUCUCCAAAGGACUGGACCAAGAGGUCUACCGAUCAAUCCUUCUGCGGCCACGCAUCCUCGUCAAUGUCAAAGAAUGUGACCUGUCGACGACAAUCAUCGGCCACAGAGUCGGACUACCCAUUUUUGUCUCGCCCAUGGCAAUGGCCCGGUUAGCGCACCCAACAGGCGAAGCUGGCAUUUCGGCCGCUUGUGGAGUGUUUGGAGCCAUGCAUAUUAUCUCAAAUAAUGCGUCGAUGAGUCCCGAGGAGAUUGUCGCGGGAGCCACGCCUGAUCAGGUCUUUGGGUUCCAGCUUUAUAUUCAGACGGAUCGGACAGAGAGCGAGGAUGUCCUGGCGAGGAUCAACAAGCUACCGGCGAUCAAGUGCAUUGUCCUUACCGUUGACGAGCCCGUCCCAGGGAAGCACGAGCUCGGACCGAAAGGGUUUGAACCAUACAACGAUAUGCAGACCGAGAUUCUCAGCCCACCAGAAGAAUCAUCCCCGCCAAGCACAGACGUUAGAGUGGCCAUCCCAUCGGUCUCCGGGCCAGCGUCUGAUGCCGAAUGGGAGACUACGCUACAAUGGCUCACGAAACACACCUCGCUACCGAUAAUCAUAAAAGGCAUUCAGACUCACGAGGAUGCUCAGAUUGCCGCGACAUACGCUCCGCGCGUAAAAGGCAUUAUCCUGUCCAACCACGGGGGACGUGUCCUUGAUACUGCACCGCCAGCUAUCCACACCCUCCUCGAAAUUCGCAAAUACUGCCCCGAGGUUCGAGAGAAGCUGGAUGUCAUGGUCGAUGGGGGUAUUAGACGUGGGACAGAUGUUGUGAAAGCGUUAUGCCUGGGUGCGAGGGCAGUGGGUAUUGGGCGAGCAGUGUUCUGGGGCCUUGGCGCCGGUGGUAUUGCUGGGGUUGAGAGGGCGUUGCAGAUUCUUGCAGAAGAGACGAGGAGCUGUAUGCAAUUGUUAGGCGUGAGGAGAGUCGCGGAUCUGGGCAUGCACCACGUUAAUGCGAGAACCGUAGAACAGCAGAUUUACAACGGGAAUUUGAUUUGA